GCAUACGGAAGCAAUGUGAUGACGUCAUCGCCAAGGCGGAGAACGGGUUCUGUACAUGGACAGUUUCCCCGCCAGCUGGAGAUUAUAAAUGUCAGCGAAAAACGAAACUUAUUGUUCUUUUGUCCAGUUUACCUGGCGGUGAAGGACACGCUCGUUGCACGCUCCAAUCCACGUGAGCACGCGGGAGGCCUGGCGGCUUAAGUGGAUCAAACACCGAACCGCUGAAAAGCAGGGUUUGGAAACCCAGCAGAUCUGCUCUCUUUUGCUCAACUCCAGCUGAUGUGCGAGGACACAGAACCUGGCUGGGAAACAGCGGAGCUCCAUCAGACCGACGGGAAGACACUCGUUGCCCACCGGACAGCGUGCGAGGCCUGGCUGUCGGAGUGGACGAAGCCGAACUGCGGAUAAAACAAUGGAGGACCAUCAGAUCUGCAGCGGCUCCUUCAUCUUUGUCAAUAAAGCCAUUUGACAUUGAGGAGUGUAUUCCUUCAUGAAGGAGCCAUGGUGGUCGUCAGAUGCUCCGUUCCAGCCUGUACGUUCGCCACCGACGACGUGUCAGAGGCUCUCGCCGUGGCGCUGCUGGCAAACCAUGGCCUGGCCCAUCAGAGCUGGACCGAACCCGCUGCGCCCGUUCGGGCCCCGGGCCUGCCUGGCCCUGCGCUGGAUCGACCGAGAGUGGAUAUCGGCAUGUCCAUCGAGGAAUGGAACGUUUUUACAUGCCGCUGGGACCUCUUCCGUGCUGGCUCAGGCAUAGGUGAUGCCCAGGCCCCCUUCCAGCUGUUUCAGUGUGCCCGUCCGGAACUUGGGGACAGUUUGCUAAAGGCUAACCCGGAUGCUGCAACUGGACCGGUUGAGACUCUGCUGGCUGCCAUGCGCUCUCUGACGGUGAUACCGGUUGCCACAUGCGUUCUGAGGACUGAACUGCUUCAACUACGCCAGGAUCGUGACAAGCCCUUUCAUGCAUUUGCCGCCAGGGUGCGUGGCAAGGCAGAAACCUGCACCUACAACGCUGUGUGCGGAUGCGGGCAGUCAGUUGACUAUUCUGAUCAUAUUAUUCGUGAUGUACUGAUUAAUGGGAUUAAUGACUCUGAUAUACGAAGGGACAUGUUGAGGACUCAUGAUGUUCUGUGUAAGUCUGUGAAUAAUAUUAUAGCACUGGUGGAGAACAGAGAAAUGGCUCGCAAUGCCCUCCCCUCCUCCAGCCUGUCAGCCAAGUCCUCGUUCAGGCGCAGACAAGCUAUGCCACCAUCAGGGCCUGCUUCCUCUCCGGCCCCACCAGACAGGUCUGCUAGGGCUAUAUGCCCUGAUUGUAAAGUGUCUUUCUGUGUUUUUUCUGAGGGAUCUCGGGGUUGGAACACCAAGCCUCAUUGAAUGUGUGCCGACUGCUUCCGGGCCCGGAAGAGACGGGCACGGCACCAGCCACACAUGGACGGACAACAGGCUGCUGUAGGCUAUGGGCGAAUGGAAUGCGACUGAUAAUGAGGAGUCGGUGCAUAUGGCGUCCAUUUGCAGUGACGAACUGGAGUCUGCUGCCAUUGCAUGGCCACUCUUUGCACAUGUAACCAGGUCACCUUAGUUCCCGGAAGUAAUUCUGGUUGUACGUGUCAUGCCGCUGACACAGGAGAGGCCAGGUGUGUAAUCAGAGGGCUGCUAUAAUUAGGGCAGCUGGGGUCUAGCCGCAAAAGCCGAAUGCCUCGCUUUGGGUGCAGACGUGGGUGCAGCUAAGUGGUGAGUGACCUGGCUUUGCUUUAUUUUAGUUAAAUAAAGGUUAUAUUCUUAAUCGGUUUCUCUUUAUGAAGUGUGAGCAGGACUGAGGGGUGAACAACCGGGAAUUUACAUUGGCAAGCGGUCGGCCGAUGAGGUAUGGGUUUAGAACAUUCAUAGCAUUUUUGUGCUUCGUUAGAAUACGAUUAACUAUGUGUGUUUGUUCACAGAUCUUAGCCUGCUACUGUUUUCCCAGUUCUUCUUAUUAAACCUUUUCCGGUUUUAUUUUAUAAUUAGUCGUCUUCUCUAGAGGGGGAAGGAAGGAACACUUUUAUGAGACUGGUGGUUAACAUUGAGGACAGAGCUGUCUCUGGGAGGGUAGUCGUUUCUUUUAGAGUAUCCGCUGUAGGGGUUUGUCGGGGGUUUUACUCACUUCUGGGUGGCGUGUGUAUGAGCUUUAGUUAAAGGGAGCACUGGGUGUUUUUCUUUAUAUUAUUGUCUUUUGUGUCGGUUCCCUACAGCGGCCUUGUGCUUUUAAAUAGUGGUUGGAUGGCGUUGUGUGUGUAGUCCCAGGGCCAGCAUUGUCGUCGCUCCUCCCUCCUCUCGUGUUUAGAGUUUUUAGUGUUUAGAGUUUUAGUCUAUUUCUUUUAUCCCGACCUGGGUUGUUUUUAGUAAAUCUUCUGUGCUGUGUCUUAAAAAUAAAAUUGUUAAACUUGUGAAUAA